GGCGGCGGCGGGCGCGCAGCGCCGGCGGUGAAGAUGGAGCCGCGUCCGCCUGGGACCGAGCCCCCGCUGCCCCGGGGGCCGGGACCGGGGCUCGAACCGCAGCUGGAACCGGAGCCCGAGCUGGACCUGGAACCGGAGCCCGAGCUGGAACCGGAGCCACAGCUGGACCUAGAACCCGAGCUGAACCUAGAACCGGAGCCAGAGCUGGAACCGGAGCCAGAGCCAGAGCUGGAACCGGAGCCGGACCUGGACGCGGAGCCAGAGCUGGAUCUGGAGCUCUGGGCACUUGAGCCCGCCGCUCCCGGCGCGGAGCCGCCGCCCUGGUGCCCGGGGGAGGCCGGGGGCAGCCCGGGCCCCGCCGAGCCCCCGCCUGAGGAGGAGCCGCGUCUCCGCCCGGUCUUCGACGCCCUGGACCGCGACGGCGAUGGCUUCGUGCGCGUGGAGGAGUUUGUGCAGUUCGCCACGGCCUACGGCGCCGAGCAGGUAAAGGACCUAACAAAAUACCUGGAUCCCAGUGGAUUGGGAGUUAUCAGCUUUGAAGAUUUCCAUCGAGGGAUCAGAGCCAUCAGAAAUGGAGACCCUGACAGCCAGCUGUAUGAUAUGGGAUAUACCCCCGAGGAGGAAGCCCCGGCCUGUCCAGAUGAGUUUGAUGAUUUCGUCACGUUUGAGGCAAAUGAGGUGACUGACAGUGCCUACAUGGGCUCAGAGAGCACCUACAGCGAGUGCGAGACCUUCACGGAUGAGGACACCAGCACCCUGGUCCAGCACGAGAUGCACGACGAGGUGGAGACCGACAGCGCCAUCGACUCCACCGUGCACUCAGAAUUCACGGAUCCCAUCGAGGAGCCAGAGCAUGGAUCCCAUCCCCACGAGCUGGCCCUGGGCUCCGAGCUCAGCCACUCCAUCGUCACCGUCAUCAGCGGGGAGGAGCAUUUCGAGGAUUACGGGGAAGGGAACGAGGCUGAUCUGUUCCCAGACCCUCUGUGUAAUGGGGAAAGCAGCUUUGGCAGCUCCUCCUUCCUCUCUCCCAGCACCGAUCCGCUCGCUGCGAAACUGCACAGCAUUCUCGCAGAUGAAGCUUUUGAGUUUUACUGUAGCCAGUGCCACAAACAAAUCAACCGCCUCGAGGAUCUUUCUGCUCGCCUGAAUGAUCUUGAAAUGAAUAGCCCAAAUAAAAGACUCUCCAGCAAGAAAGUGGCAAGGCAGCUGCACCAGACGAGCUCGUUGGCCGUGGGGGUGAUGGAGGAAUCCUACCGGGAGAACCUGGAGUGCACGGACGAGGACAUCACAGACAAGGUGGUGUUCCUGGAGAAGAGGGUGACGGAGCUGGAGAAGGACACGGCUGCCAACGGGGAGCAGCACAGCCGCCUCCGGCAGGAGAACCUGCAGCUGGUGCACAGAGCAAACGCGCUCGAGGAGCAGCUGAAGGAGCAGGAGCUGAGGGCUGACCAGACCCUGCUGGAGGAGAUCAAGAAGCAGAGGGAGCUGCUCAGCAAAAUGGAGAGGGAGAAGAGCAUUGAGAUUGAGAACCUGCAGGCCAGGCUGCAGCAGCUGGAUGAUGAGAACAGUGAGCUGAGGUCCUGUGUCCCCUGUCUGAGAGCCAACAUCGAGAGGCUUGAGGAGGAGAAGCAGAAGCUGCUGGAUGAGAUUGAGGACCUCACUGUGCAGCUCACAGAGGAGCAGGAGAAAAAGAGGAAGAUGGGGGACAAGCUGAGUCAGGAGAGGCACCAGUUCCAGAAGGAGAAGGAGUCGACACAGGAGCUCAUUGAGGACCUCAGGAAGCAGCUGGAGCACCUGCAGCUCUUCAAGCUGGAGGCAGAGCAGCGCAGGGGCCGGAGCAGCAGCAUGGGGCUGCAGGAAUACAACAGCAGGACACGGGAGACAGAGCUGGAGCAGGAGAUCAAGCAGCUCAAACAGGAUAACAGGAACCUGAAGGAGCAGAACGAUGAACUGAACGGGCAGAUCAUCAACCUGAGCAUCCAGGGAGCCAAGAACCUGUUCUCAGCCUCCUUCUCCGAGUCCCUGGCAGCGGAGAUCAGCUCUGUCUCCAGAGAUGAGCUCAUGGAAGCAAUCCAGAAGCAGGAGGAGAUCAACUUCCGCCUGCAGGAUUACAUCGACAGGAUCAUCGUGGCUAUCAUGGAGACCAACCCCUCCAUCCUGGAAGUCAAGUAAGGGCUGCACUCCUCGCUGGAUUUGGUGCUCUGAGAGGAUGAAGAGGGACUCCAAACGUCUUUGCACUUGAUGAAGGCACAAGGAAGCCUCAGCUCGGGGGGUGACUGAGCCACGGACCAGGGAAAAGGAAAGCCAGCAGCCAGGCUGUGCUGUCUGACUCCGUUAUUUUGAAGCCCUUCUGGCUGUGGAGGGUGAAAGGGAACCUGGAGAAGGAGCUCAGGAAAGGGACACUGCAGGAGGUGCUGGGGACUGUCCCGACAGGCACCGCCCCGAGGGAUGCUCCGAACCGCGGGAGAUGGGCACGGAGAUGGAAGUGACAGCGCUGACUUUCCCCUGCUGCCCUGCCCAGCCCCAGCAUCUGCUGUGCCAAAGUGUCCCUGACACACCCACCGGGCAGAGCUGGGAGCGAGGGAAGCGCGUCCCGGACUCGCACAGGGUUGGGGUUCGGUUUUGUUUUGGGGUUUUGGUUUUUUUUUUUUUUAAUUAACUUAAUGCAAAUGUCCUCAUCCAGCUGGCUCAGCCGUGCUUGCCCCGUGCUCCUGCUGGGGCUGGCUGCGUGCAGAGCCCUCAGCGGCUGCAGGGGCAGCCCGGGGCUGUUGGGGACAGGGCGUGAGCGCACUUGGUCACCUCCCUCCUUAUUUAUUUUUGCUGUCUGUGGCUCAGUACUGUCGGCACGUCUCGGCAUCCCGGCUCUGCUCCCCCCCCCUCCUCUUCCUCCUCCUCCUGCCGGGCUCUGCCCUGAGGUGGCUCCGGGGGGAGCUGCCCCUGGUCCCCAGCUGGGGACAGACACUCGGGCUGUGUCACAGCGGGGCACGGCUGCAGCUCCUCACCCCGCAGCGGGGGCCGCUCCUGCCCGUGGGACACGCAGCGCUUUGGGGGCUGCAGCGGAGAGGCCCGAGCUCCCCACUCACCUCCCAAAGUCCCUGGCCUGGGGACAGUGGCCUGUGCCAUUGCCAGCCGGAGCAGGGCUCUGCUGGUGAUAGCUGCAGCCCUGGAGGGAGAGCCCGCUCCGGCUGCCUUUCCCUCUGUUCCCGGCGCCGGGGCUGCAGGAGCCGCGCUCAUUCCUCGUCCCUGGAUCUCCGUGCCCGUGGGGAGAGGAGCCGGCAGCUCCCUGGGAAACAAAAGCCAUGUUUACAUCAGACAGCUCCGGGCUCGCUGGCACAGCGUGACCCCGGGAGCGGCCGUGGCACCCCCUGCUCCCCUGCGCUCCCGGGAGGACACAGCCGGCAGAACCCCAGGGAUGCCAGCACGGCCUGGAAGCAGAAUUCACAGCAAUCCCAGGGGGUGCCUGCUCCUCCCCGAGCCCCUCGCAGCCCUCGGGGUGGGUGACCCUGCCGGGGAGCCACGGCCGCUGUCACCGCCUUAUCCCGGGGGACCCGGCCGAGCCACGGCCACGUCACCCCGGUGUUCAUCCCCCAGCAGGGUCGGGGGGAACCCCAAACCCCGGGGCAGCUCCUGCACCCCAGCCCUCCCCGGCUCCCACCCCUCCCCGCCUCCCUCCCUGCCCCCAGGCCGCGGGAAGAAGCCACGUAAUGUACAUUUCCAGAGAAGCUUUGGGUGUAAAUCAGUGUAUACUUGGAGAGGGAAAAUUUUUCUAUCUUGUAGAGUAGGUAUUUUUAUAGAAUGAAGGUUGAUCCAUUUUUUUAAUACUUUAAAAGAAGAGAGAAAUGUAUCUGUGUAUACACAAAAGCAUAUAUAUAUAUAUAUAUGUAUAAAUAUAUAAAUAUUGGAGAUCUGCCUUUCUCGACUUGGGAUCCCCAGGUCUCAAACAAUCGUUUGUUUUUUCCUGUCGCUCUCACAGAGGUACUGUAACUGUAAAUAAGCACCGGGAAAAAAAAAAAAAAAAAGGUUUUAAGCAAACAAAAAGCACUGACUUGCACAUUCACCAUGCUUUAAAGGCCCUAUGGAGAGAGAAAAACAAAAACAAAAACUCUACAUCCUGAAAAUGUUCCUCUUUCCCAACCGGUAUGUGAAGGAAGACCCCCAAAAAAGAGGCAAAAACGGUAUUGUCUUAACUGAUGUAUCAAUUCUUGUCGGAUUAAAAGCUGUUACUAUUCCUG